AGUACUAGCCAGUGUGUGAGCGGAACGCUGUGAGCCGAGCGCCUGUUUCAGGACGGUAGAGUGACGGGUGCACCGCCAGCCGGCCCGAAUGUGGCCUGCUAGCGACGGCAAGAUGGCGGCCGCCGUAGUGCAAAUGUGCCUGGGAUUUAGAGGUGUCCUGGCGAUCAGGAGCCGCGUGGGGGGAGCGGGGGCACUCGGUCUGGUGUCCUCGCAGCUUCGCACUUUCUCGGUGCGGAAGGAGCCGGAGUUGGAGGAAAACCCUUACUACGGGAAAUAUCGGGACAAGAUCCAGCAGCUGCGCCGCUCGGACCCAGGAGCGUUUGAGGCUCGCAUGGAAAAGCAGAAGGAGGUUAAGCAGCAGCCACUUGGCACUUCUAGACAAGCAGAGUACAUCCGAUCAGUGGAGGAGAAGGUGACAUCAGGUUCAGUGAAAGACGGUUCCACAAAAAAUAAGAUGCUGAACUCACUCCUAAAUCUAGAGCUAGUGACAGACAAGAAUGCUGAGGAUAUUAAACAGAUAUGGAAUGAGUAUUUUUCCACAAAAGACACCGUAUAUGCAGUUAUACCUGGAGAGGCGUUUGAGCUCAUAUGGCGACGAGCGCAGUCAUGUCCCUCUGGUGUGCAUGUGUGUUCUUAUCGCCUUUUUAGGGCUAUCUAUGAUGCUCCUGCCUUGAGCUUUGGAAUACAACUGAUUUGCCUGAGCAAGGAGGCGGGUAUAUAUGCACGGGCCCGUUACAUGCUUGGAGGCCGGAAAAGCUUUGACCGAUUGGUGCAAAUCCGCUGUCGCUUCAUCAUAUCCCAUUGUUGUCCUGUGGAUCCUGUGGACUUAGGAGAAAUACCGUUAUCAAUGUUCCUAUAUGCAUUGCCGCGGAAUGAGGGAUACGAGUUUUAUGUGGGUCAGUGGUCUGGAUUGGAGCUUCAUUUCACUACACUUAUCAAUGUCCAGACAGCCGGUGAGACAGCGCCCAGUCAGCUGAUCUUAUAUCAUUACAACGAGCUCCAGAAGGACAAAGGAAUUGUGUUAAUGAACUCUGAACAUGACACCAAAUUCCUGAAUGCCCAGGAAGCGCAGUGCUUGGCCAAUCAGGUGCAGCUCUUCUAUUCUGGUGACCUGUUUACACUGGUGGAGACCUUCAAUCACAAUUCCAGUGAUUUUAAGUACAUGGCUGUAGUUUCUGCCCUGGAGCAGUAUGGACUGGGCAAAGCCCAAGGGCAGCACUAGCCCAGAGGACGUGACUUUGAUAUAUCACUGCGUAUUGAAAAGACGAGUUAUACAUCUCUUGCACUUAUUCCGACGAGGAUUCCCCCUACGCAUUUGUGUGUUCCAAGUAAAGCAGGACAGCUGGACAUUUUAUUGUGCUGAGGAGCGUACAAGUGGUUUGUUACUGGUGCUGUAAUCUCUCAUCUAACACCGUGAUAAGUCUGAGAAGAGGAUUCAAGGCUGUGUUAUUUGAUCCUGUGCCUCCAUUAUAAUUCGAGUUUUGUUUGUCUUUUAUUUAUAAUUUGUUCAUGAGUUAUGCCGACUUUAUUGAUACAGAAACUUAUUUUUUUAUUUGUUUUUGAUCGUAAAACUUUAUUGAAAAAUCAAUAACAGACACAAGUAACAAAAUAUAAAUCACCAAUAAAGGUUGCGUGACAAAGGAA